AUGUUCGAUUUAUUCGGCUUCCUAAGAGACCUGAUCAACAGCAUGCUGGCGAUAUUUUCCUUUGGAAAAAAGAAGCUCUCCAACUCGCUCAGCGUGUAUGUGAAGACAAACACUGGCAGCACGCUGGCAGUGGACCUGGAACUGCACAUGGACAUCAAGAACGUAAAGGAGAUGGUGGCACCAAAGCUUGGGUUAGAACCGGAGGAGCUAAAGAUAAUCUUUGCCGGCCGGGAACUGUCCGAUACGACGACCAUCAGUGAAUGCGAUCUUGGCCAGCAAUCGAUCAUACACGUCGUGAAAACGAGACGCAUCCCGCUGUCACAGAAGAUGCUGGUAAAGUCCUCGUUAGAUGCAGUUAUAUCUGAAGAGUCGCCCCACGAUGAACAGCAGGGAAAACCGCUGUCCGAGUCGAUGUCUGAGCUGACGGAGCUAAACGAACGGAACGGUGCACCAUCGAACCGGCGAAAGGCAAACUUUUUCGUGUACUGCUCACAGUGCGAGAAGGUUUGCACGGGAAAAUUACGCGUGCGAUGUGGCAUUUGUGGCAGCGGAGCAUUCACCGUCCACCGAGAUCCCACUUGCUGGGAUGAUGUGCUGAAAAAGAAGCGAAUCACGGGCCACUGCGAAAACUAUGACGUUCCUUGUGUGGAAAAUGACGAAGGAGAGCCGCCGUUCACGGAGUUUUAUUUCAAAUGUGCUGAACACUCGUCGGGUGGGGAAAAAGAUUUUGCGGCACCGCUGAGCCUGAUCAAGACGAACCACAAGAAUAUCCCUUGCAUUGCUUGUACCGACGUCAGCGAGACGGUGCUGGUUUUCCCGUGUGCAGCUGGGCACGUGUCCUGCCUCGACUGCUUCCGGCAGUACUGCGUAACGCGACUGCUCGAGCGACAGUUCUCUGAGCAUCCGGCUGGAGGUUACACGCUCUGCUGCCCGGUCGGUUGCGAGAACUCCUUCGUCGAGGACGUGCAUCACUUUAGGCUGCUCGAUAAAGAGCAGUACGAUCGGUACCAGCGUUUUGCCACGGAUGAGUUCGUGCUGAAGAACGGAGGCGUGUUGUGUCCCCAGCCGGGAUGUGGAAUGGGUCUGCUGGUAGAUCCGGAAUGUCGACGUAUCCAAUGCCAAAGCGGUUGUGGGUAUGUUUUCUGUCGAAGCUGCCUGCAAGGAUAUCACCUUGGCGAGUGCUUUGAAACGCCCACUCCAACGACGCCAGGCAGCGAGCAGGGUUAUGCCAUCAAUCCCCUGCGUGCCUCCGAAGCUCGAUGGGACGAAGCGACGAAGAUUGCUAUUAAGGUGACGACGAAACCGUGUCCUCAGUGUCGUACGGCGACGGAGCGUGAUGGCGGUUGUAUGCACAUGGUGUGCACACGAUCGGGUUGUGGCUUCGAAUGGUGCUGGAUUUGCCAAACUGCUUGGACACGCGAUUGUAUGGCAGCCCACUGGUUCGGAUAAGCAAGGGCUCGUGAUAACUCACAUGUGGUAUAGUAUACA